AUGCCUUCCAAGAUUCAGAUCGCUGCCAUCCUCGGCGCUGUUGCCGCCUCCGUCAACGCUCACGGUCAUCUUGCAGCCAUCAAGGUCGACGGCACUGACUUCACUGCCUACGACCCCUCGUUCCAGUACCAGAGCCCCCCUCCCGAGGUCAUCGAGUGGUCCUGCCCCGAGUGUCAGGACAACGGCUUCGUCGACCCCUCUAUGUACACCGACGCAACCAAGAUUGCCUGCCACAAGGAUGCCACCGCUGGUGCUAAGACCGCCAAGGUCGCUGCUGGAGGAAAGCUUGACAUCCAGUGGACCACCUGGCCCGAUUCUCACGUUGGUCCCGUCAUUGACUACAUGGCCAAGGUUGACGACGCCACCGCUGCUAAGGCUGGCGAUUUGAGCUUCUUCAAGAUCGAUGAGGCUGGUUACGAGGGCGGUGAGUGGGCUGCCACCAAGCUCAUCAAGAACAACCAGACCUGGUCCGUUACCGUCCCGAGCUCCAUCGCUCCCGGCCAGUACGUUCUUCGUCACGAGAUCAUUGCCCUCCACUCGGCGGGUCAGGAGAACGGUGCCCAGAACUACCCCAAGUGCAUCAACUUGGAGGUUACCGGUUCCGGCACUGAGACCCCCGCUGGUGUGGCUGCUGACAAGCUCUACACCCCUACCGACCCCGGCAUUAAGGUUGACAUCUACUCUGGCGACCUUAGCGCCUACAAGAUCCCCGGUCCCGCUCUCUUCAGCGGUGCCAGCUCCGGCUCCAGCUCCGGCUCCAGCAACUCCUCUGCUACCUCCCCUGCCGCUACCUCUGCCCCUGCCGCGUCUUCUGCUGUCUCUACCCCCGUUGCUUCUGCCACACCCACCGCCGCUGCCUCCUCGGCCGCUGCCGCUGCCGCUACUCCUACCUCCACUGGCAGCUCCGACUCGUCCCUCCCUGAGACCUUCACCCUCGAGACUUUCAUCUCUUGGUUGGAGAAGGCUGCUGGCUCUUCCAGCGCUAAGGCUCGCCGUCACGCCCGCGCUUUCCGCGGUUAG